AUGCGGGUUGGGAAUGGUCUUACUUGUAGGUUCUGGACGGACAACUGGUCUCCUUUUGGACGGCUCUCGACCUUCCUCUCCGAUACUGCAACCUCAAGACUUGGAAUUCGCCAACAGUCUACUCUUUCUCAGCUGUACAACCGGGGCACAUGGAUGCUACCAAACCCCAGAUCAGAUACUCAACUAUCUCUCCAUAUCUUCCUCACUACGCUAUCCUUAUCUAACUUUGAUGACCACUACGAAUGGGAACUAGAUGGGAAGACCUAUACACGCUACUCUACUGGGCAAGUCUAUCGAGCUAUCACUAUGCAAUCGCCUUUGGUUCCUUGGAGAGAAGUCGUCUGGUUCUCCGGGAGCAUUCCAAAACACAGUUUCCUCACUUGGCUUUUGGUUCAGAAUCGGUGUCCCACACGAGAUCGUAUCCUGGGAUGGGGGCUUCAAACGGAUCCAUUAUGCCUCCUCUGUGGCUCUUCACCUGAGUCUAGGGACCAUAUCUGGUUUGACUGCGGAUUCGCUUGGUCCAUCUGGGAAAACAUAGCAAGUCGAUGUGGGAUCUCUCCCCUGAGAUCUUGGGAGGCAUCGCUACACCAUUUGCAGGGGAUGAACGGGGAUAAAGCUCGCCGGCGAUUAACCCUUCUUGCUUGGCAGUGUUCCCUUUACUUGAUUUGGGCGGAGAGGAACAAUCGACUCCACCGUUGCUCUUUCCGAUCAGUGGAUGAUCUCCUCCGACAAAUUGAUACAACUAUCAGAAAUCGGAUUGCCUCGUACAGAGAUUCGAAUUCUUCUAUUGCUUCGCUUAUGCUGCAACAUUGGUUCUCCUCUGCUUGA